UGGUUUCGAUGAAGUUGAACGACUUUCGAGCCUGCCUCGUUUGAAUAAACAUUCCAAAAUGCUCGAAAUUUUAAAAGCCUCCAAAAUAUUUCCGAAUCAAAGACUCCCCUCACAUUUUCUCGAAAUUGAGGGGAAAGUUAGCGUUGUCUGCAUUCCGGGGAAGGGACGAGGUCUUUUUGCUAAACAAGUUUUUAACCCAGGCGACCUUAUCAUUGGGCAUCGCGCAUUGGAGAUAAUUUUUCCAGAUUCGGCAGCAACUGUGCCGUCGUCCAUAUUGCUCAGCAGGGUGAAAAGGUUCCGCUGUUUGAAAGAGUCGUUGGCGAAAUUAGCUUCGACUGAUGAGGAAGUUAGGAGAAAACUGUAUUUUUUACAUGCAGGACCUAAACUCGGUUUUGUGGGGGGAGAUGAACGUGAAGUUAAGAAAUCGAUAAGUUUGGCGAGGAUUGAAGGGGUCAUCCUGGUCAAUGGGUUUCAAGGUCCGAGCACACGCGUGGGUGAGACGGGUGGACCAUUCGGAUUGUGGUAUUUGCCCUCCUUUAUAAAUCACGACUGCUCAAGAGCAAACGCAAAUUGGAACAUUGUCAACGAUUUCAUAUUUAUAAUCGCUGCUAAACAAAUUUGUGUGGGAGACGAGAUUUUGAUAAGCUAUAUUGAUCCUGAUCAGCCAUACGCUGUCCGGAAUGAGCUCCUCCUAAAACACGACUUUAUCUGCACAUGCAAAUUGUGCAAUUUAGAGAGAGACGAAGGUGAAUCCAUUAGAAGACAAAGGGACACAAUUCUAGCCAAAUUUAAAAAUCAUGUCGAUUCCAUCAGUUCAAAUUUUCUACCCGAUGUCCAAUUACUGUCAUCAAUUUUAGAGGAAUUAAAGUUUCUGAGGCGUGACCUUCCCUUAGAAGAAAACCCCUUCGUCCUCCAACCCAUGAUGCAAUUGGGCCUCGCCCUCUUUGAGAGGAACAAGUACAACGAAGCAAUUCCACUAUUUGAAGAUGCCAUCAAACUCUGUCGUCGACUGAUUCAGUUUUCCUCCGUGGCGACCACCCUCUCGAUCGCAGUGUUAAAAUGUUAUCUAAAUUUGACACCAGAAAAUACAAGCACAAACUACGAGGUAACAAUUAAAAAUUGGAUUUAUGCCAUGAGAGACUGCAUCAUCAUCCAGUACGGAUCUCGACAAGGGGACGACGACGAGUGGCGUGGCAUCCUGGAACUUCGAAUGCCUGGCCUUCUCUCACAAAUUGAGCCGUAUCUUAAAUAAAUUGUAAUUUGAUACAUACCGGAAAACUGUAUGUUUUGAGAUAUUUACAUAAAAUAAAAAAAGAGUACACAUUUUUACAGAUAUGUACCGAUAAAGAAAUCAA